AUGAUCGGUCCAUCAAUUCCCAAAGAAAUACUAGAAGAGAGAAGAAAACAAAGUGAUACUAAGAAAUACACUGAAAAUGAUAGUAAUGAUGAAAGUGAUGAUGAGAUUGUAGGGCCACAGUUACCUGAAUCGUCUAGCAACAUGGCAAUUAAUCCUGAACAGACAGCUGAUAUGAAAGAGAAGAAGACUUCGGACGAUAACUCUAAUGCAGAGGAAGACCAGAAAGUGGAGAUGAAACAAAAAGAAGUAUCACCAACGCCUAUACGAGAAAAGCAAACAUUAUUAUCAAAGCAUAACGCCAAAAAUAUCGACAAGCACAAGAUUACUAAAUUCGAUAGUAAGGAAAAUCUCAACAGCGAGAUAAGAAAAGAGAUACUACGGAAGUUGGACCAGAAUGGUGGUUUGGAAGGGAAAUUCACGAGGGGUUCAUAA